CAAGCAGCUUGCAUAUAGUAUGCUGGAAAUGGUGCUUGUUUCAGUCUUUCCAGAAUUAAGUGAUGUGAUGCUCGACAUUCAUGACAAGGCACGUAAACAGUCCUAAGAAUGAUCAAUGAAGGCGUCGACGCAAUUGCUACCGAACGAAGGGGCCCGUUUUGGUUCCCAUCACCUUAUCUACAUCCCGCUGCUUGGCGACAAUAUGAAGUGAGCUCGAAUUCUCUUCUGCACUGCAAUUGGAAUGCGUAUCCGAGCCAUGUCGAGUGGGAGAUCGAUGGUAAGACAAGUCGGUGCCACUUGAUCAAUAGUAGAUGCUUGCCGCGUGACCGGGUUGACCAAUGGGAUCGGGCACCAAACAUCAUGGCGAACUCCUCCCGUGGCAGCCGCGACACCUCCGGCAGUGGCGGCGGCGGCUGCUGCUGCAAACUCCUCUGCAGCCUUGUUCAGCUCGUCAUCUCCCUCGGCCUCGUCGUCUUGAUCUGGUGGCUCAUUUUCCACCCUCGCCUCCCCCGGGCGUCCGUCCAAGAGGCCCAGCUCAUGUCGUUCAGCCUCGCCGACAACUCCACCGCCCUCCUCUUCAACCUCACCGUCGGCCUCGCCCUCCGCAACCCCAACAAGCGCGUCGGCAUCUACUAUGACUCCUUGGUGGUUGCCGCCCUCUACCACGGGGUUCUGCUGCAAACGGCGCCGCUCCCGACCUUCUACCAGCACCACAAGAACACCACCGCGUUCCGCCCGGAGUUCGGCGGCAAAGCGACCGACGCCGGCUCCGUGGCCGUGUUCUACGGGAAAGAGAAGUCGGAGCGGACGGACUUUAACUUCGAGGUGAAGCUCCGCGCCAGGAUGAGGAUGAAGGUGUGGUUCAUCAAGAUCGGCCACUUCAACCCCGUGUUCGACUGCAAGGUGCGCGCCCUGGUGCCGCAGGACGGCGGCAUGUCCGCCACGUUCCGGGUCUCGGAGUGCGACCGUUGAUCCACCGCCUUGUGAUUUCCCUUGGUGAGGGGAAGCCAUUCAUCUUUCGUUCUUGUGUUGUGUCGUUGGCUGCAAGAGGCCAUGUGAGGCCGCGUGUUGUUUGGACCUGUUUCCGUCUUGCUUAUGAUAUCAAUUCAUUGACUCCUCCGAAGUCGUUCUUUUU